AUGAGGUAUGAUGGACUAGUUCAGAAAUUCUUCAGGAAAAGAUGUCACCUCUUUUUGUUUCUGGCCGUCCUCCUGUUUCUUAUGACACGUGAUCAGUUCAGCAAACUGUCGAAGGAUGUGUCUUUUAAAACCUUCCAUUAUCCAAUGGACAUCGACAUGCCUGCCCUGGUUCGGGCUUACCGAGCGGGCGGACAUGUGGACAAACAGCCUAUCAACACUUAUCAAUACAGUUACACUACUAACGUCACCAACAAAUGCAAACAGAGUGACCUGUUCCUUCUCUUCCUCAUCAAGUCUUCCGUCCGCCAUUUUGACAGAAGGGAAUCAAUUCGAUCCACCUGGGGAAAGGAGGGGCCCAUAUCUGGUAGUUUUCCAAUGAGAACAAUAUUUUUAGUUGGUAUGCCGAGAGAAAACGACAACCAUCGACUUUAUGAAGCGUUAGAAGAGGAGAUCCAUCUAUACAACGAUGUCCUACAGAUGACAUUUAGAGACGAUUACUACAACAACACACAGAAGACGGUUGGUGGGAUUCACUGGGCCGUAAAACACUGCGGUCACGCUCAGUUUGUCAUGUUUGUAGAUGAUGAUUUCUACAUAGCCACGCCGUUUCUCAUAGCAUAUCUCAACACUCUGUCCGCAGAACAACACAAAACAUUGUUCAUGGGCAGUCUCCACGAAGAUGCGCCUGACCGUAAUAUGUACGGAAAGUGGUUCAUUUCUUACGAGGAUUAUCCAUUUAACCGCUACCCACCAUUCAUAAGUGCCGGAGCUAUGCUUAUGUCUAUGCAUUUCUUAAAGGAUAUACAAAUUGCAAUACAGUUCACCAAGAAUUUUCCUUACGACGACGUCUUUCUUGCUAUUGUAGUGUUUAAACUAGGUAUAUACCCGCAGCACAACUCAAAUAUCUACACUGGAGAAAUCAGGGUAGAACAUAACAGUAUGAAGUUUCACAGUGUCAUCGCGUCUCACGGUUAUUAUAACGACGAGCUUCUUCAGGCAGCCUGGCGAACACAUAAGGUGUACGUGGACGCUCUACGAAAGGUCUUGUACCCUGUUCCUCAACGAAUAACUAACACAGGAAAUAACACCACAGACCAAACAACGAUUAUAUAA